AGACGAAAAAUUGACAGAAGACAGCAGAUGACAAUGAAUCGUGGUUAUGGUUAUAACAGCAAAGAGUACAAGAACUAACGGAUGAGAAUUCUUGAAUUAUAAGAAAGAGAUACGUGUCGCCUCGUCUUUCAGAGGUCUGCGACUGGUUUGUCCUCUACUCAGGAAGCAACGGUAAUAGACUCUAGCGAUACAAAUUGCUCGUCAAGGAAUCCGGAUCAGUCAAUAUUAUCAACUGGUACGAGCGACAUGCCCCCAAAGAAACAGAGACUCGCCACCAAAGUUCAGAAGCUCGUGAGAAAUAGAAAACAGCUUGAAGCAGAAAAUGGCACAGCACUGCAGUCUGAUGUCAGCAAGGUUGCAUCUGAGACGAGCACUACGUUGGGAAUGGUGACGGGAAAGGCCAAAUUAAACUUGGGAAGCCUGCUGCCUAAAGCUGGAACGGAACCAGAGAAAUUAAAAUCUAACAAACGUCCGUUGCGGGCAGUCGUGGAUAUGGAAAUGAUGAAAAGCGAACUAAAACAGCGUCAAGAUCCACCCACAACUCCCGAAGAACAGCUUUUGUCCGCCAACCGACUUAGUUUCGAAUUUUUCGACGUCCCCAGUGAGACGCUGGCGAAAAAUCUUCUAGGGAAGAUUCUGGUAAGGCGAUUGGAGAAUGGCACUAUUUUGAAGGGCAGAAUAGUCGAGACGGAGUCGUAUCUUGGUGGCGAAGACCGCGCGUCGCAGACCUACGGGAACAAAAUCACCCCCCGUAACGUCCCUAUGUACAUGCCGCCUGGAACAAUUUACGUCUAUCUGACGUACGGCAUGUAUCACUGCUUCAACAUAUCCUCCAAAGGUGACGGAAGCGGUGUGCUAAUCAGAGCGCUAGCGCCUAUCGAGGGAAUGGACCAGAUGACAGAGUUUCGAAAUUUGCCACUACCGGGUUCGAAGCCGAAGCAAGGCGUCGACGGGGCCAAAAAAUUGGCAAAGAAGAACUUCAAAGUACACGAGCUCAGCAACGGUCCAUCAAAAUUUUGCAUAGCGUUCGCGCUCAGUAGAGAUCACACAAAGUAUUCAGCGUGCGAAUGGCGGGGACUGUGGAUCGAGGAUGACGAAGAAAACGACGGCGCUGGUGUCAUCGAAAUAGUUGAGUGCCCGAGAAUCGGUAUCGACAGUGCUGGCCCCGAAUGGGCAAUGAAACCUCUGAGAUUCUACGUCCUCGGCGAUCGGUCUGUUAGCAAAGUAGACAAAAAAGCUGAAGCAGAACUCAGAAUGUAGUUUCUAGACGAAAGAUUAUUAAUUCUCUUUGUACUACUCGCAAUCGCUCGCCGUCUUCUUCGCGUGCGUCAUCGUCAUCGUUUAUAGUAUAAUUCUAUUAUUAAGUAAUAACUUGAAUCCAAUGGUAAUUUACGCUCUUUUAAAUGCCACGCCCUGAUAUACCAGAACAGUAUUACCUUUUUUUGAGGCAAAUUCCCGUACAAUGCAUGUGUGAUAAUGAUAAACAACGAUUUGUGAUAAAUGUUGGUAUCUUUUAUAAAGAAACAUUGUUUUUGCAUUAACUUUUUGCUCUUGUUUUUACAUACCUACUCGGACCUUUGUCGCUGCUGUAAACAAUCCUAUACAAAUAACAAGCCAGUGUUCUGUUCUUUGAAUACUCCGACCUGCCCUUCCCUUCGAUUUUAAUCUCGCUUCGGGGUUUUUA